CAAAUUCGCGUUGGACGCGUCGGUGACUUCGGAUGCAUCCACGCUGGUCAUAGGCAUACCUACCUUCACCCUUCCGUCCGGAGCUGGCUGGUUUCUAUCCAUGAUAGCUGUGACGUGAUGGCUCCUACAUCCCAUGGAAGAGGGGGCCAUAAUGGUCGCGAAAGCCUUGCAUCAGGCCCGUUGACCAAUACCAAUGACCCGCCGCCAUCGACUCUAGCCGCCCAGCUGGUGGGGAAUAUCUCGACUUCGACCCGGUCCUCCCGGCCAGAUGAAACAGCUGAACUGAAAAGAUUCUUCGGUAUCAUCGAAGAUGUCAAGAACCAGCCGGAUCUGCUGAAAACGUCGAAGGAACGAAUUGAUCAUAACCACAUGCUCAUUUAUGUCUACACGCGAGUCGUGCUGGAAGGCCUCCGGUGGGAUGAUCCCUUUGCUGACAAGGCCCAGCUACGCGCAGAUGCGCUGAGAGCCGUGAACUUUUUGAGGAUCACCAUCCAAGAGACCCCCGAGGUUCUCCUUGCUACCGCUGACGAAUCUGCCUUCCUCUUCAGAGGCGCCGAGCCUCUCUGGCUGUGGAUGUUACCAAAGGUUCUCAGAAUGCUUGGCUACAGCCAGUGCUCAGACCUAAAGGAUCAGAUUGAGUUGUUCAUCCGUGACGUUUUCUUGGUCGCAUCUCAGGUGGGCGUACUAUGGCCUUUACUGCCCCAAUUCAUAGCAUACAUGAAGCUCAACUUCAACGCUAUAAUUAAUCACCUCCAUGAGAAAGCUACCUACGCCAGAAGCCGAGAUAUUGCUCUCCGCUUACAAUUGCCCUCGGACUCUUUUCUUAUGUCAAUACCCGGCGGUGAUCUUAGGCUGCUUCAACAGCAGUGCACAUAUACUAUACAGUUGGCCUCUCAGGCACUGCAGCACGCAUAUUGUCUCGUGUCGGUUUUGUCGAUACCCUGGACGCAUCAAUGUCCAGGGUUUGAUAUUAUCUCUGCUUUCCAGGAGUCAACGCCGUGGCUUUUCGACGCUUAUCUUCAUCUCCACGAAGCUUCAGCCCAAUGGCAGCACCUAGCACUAAAUUUUCUCCCUCUUUUCCUGAAGAAUACUAUGCAGCUUCUUGGAGCGCUAGAGAAUGCGAGUAGCCCUGACGUCUGCAUUCAGCAGAAGGCGUCUACUCUACUUAUCAUCCUCUGUAUAGAGAUGUCCAACCAAUCAUCGGGAAAGCCCCUAACUGACGACCCUGAAACCCCGGACUAUAAAUUGCUCUGUAUGGCCCUUGUUAAAGUGGCCAAGACCUCUAUCCGUUCAGGGCCGGUGUCACGGCUCAUCGUGUCGCAACUGAUUCCGGCUCUGGAGAAAUUGACUAUCGGUAAUGAAGCCGCCGCUUCCGGCGCCGACCUGUGGGGGUGCCUGGAAUUGCUUCGAAAGCUGGCCAUUCAUCCGGUGCCCAGCUCGGUUGAUGACUCGAUAGAUGUAUCAAUUCAACCGGACAAAUUUUCGGACAACGAUCUUUGUCGCCAGAUCCAAGAGCUAGUAGUACGACCUAUUGAUGCUGUAGAUUCGGAACCAGUAUCAAAGCGCAGGAAGAUCUCGGCCGAGCCACCGUCGCUAUCUCGAGUCGUCACUCAGUUAUGUGUUCUCUUAAGAGUAGAGACGGCAGUGAACCUGGUGGAUUUGAAAGCUAUCCUAGAAGAUCGAUUUAAAGACCUAACCGAGGUCGAGUCGUGCCGCAUCAUCGGCCUUCUAGCCUACAUUUGUUGCGCUGCCGACGGCACGCUUUUAAUGCAUCGCAGGAAGGCCGGCGAGUUCCCACGACUUGACUGUCACUAUUGCCAGUCGCCCCAAACUUCACGCGGGGUGCCGUUUUGCCUGGACGUUUCGGCAAAACAGACAAUUCAAAAUAUUUUUUCUUCGUUAGUCCAGCUCCCCAGCUUCCUGGAAUCGCGCAGAUUGCGCGUCACUGCAAUGUCCGCCUUGAGGCGCAUCGCGAGGCAUUCCGAAAACUCCGACUUUCUGGAUUUAGAGGUCUCUGUGACUGCGCAAUGGUGCUUGAAGUCUCUCCAGAGCUCCGUUAGAGAGCUUCGAAUUGCCGCUGGGCGAACUCUUGCGGUGUUUUUAUCCCAGUCGAACCAUCCGGAAUUCGCUUCUCAAGUGAUUCGAAGAAAUCGUGGGAACGCUCUCAAUAUUCUGAGAUCACUCUCAGAGCAAGACACCCCUCACCUCACUGAGACUUGUAUUUUAGCCUGGUCUCAAGUCGGAAGUGUCGUAUCUGAUGAUGAGCUGAACCUUGUUCUCGUUAAAUUGGUUGAAUACCUGGGCCACGAGAGCAUGAUCACAUCCGUGGCUGCGUUUACCGAGAUAGUAAAGCUUGCUCGUUCUCGGGGUAUGACUACGCGGCAACUAUUUGAGCCGUUCUGGAGAUACCUUGCGUUCUCUGCGACCAAAGACCUUAUUUCUCGGCCCAAAUUGAGUCAGACGUUGGCAGAGCUGCUAGAUAUGGGUGUUUCGGAUUUGCUUCUCUAUAUCCAAGAGUAUGCUCUGCCUUGGUUAGUACUCACUAAGAAACGGGAUGUCAUCCAGAAGAUCGCCGAUGUCCGAAAGGAGCAGGAAAUUUGGAGAUGCUGCCUCGAUACUGCUAAUUUGGGGCCGAUACUGGCCCUCUUGUUAACCCAGGAAACCCCGGACAUCCAACAACAUUCCAUGGAUCUACUAGGACACAUAUCCCCUCACCUUAACAAGUCAGGAGGCCUCCUUGAACUACUUCAAAUAGAGCCCAUCUCAACUGCUUUCGAGUUGUUGAAGGCAGCAGGCGAUGCCGAUGAAGAGCGAAAGGCCCACAUUCGCAACGCUCUGAACCAGAUGGCUAUCAUGAUGUUGGCAGGGAGUGGAGAUAAGAAGCAUAAAAAGUCGCACGCAUCGGGUCCCUUCUUGCAGACAUAUGUGCUCGGUCUCAUGGCCCGGCUUACCCAGGUCAUAAAUGACGUGUCGAACCGGACUCCUGUUCAGGAAAGGAGACUCUGCAUCAAAGCAAUGGAAGAAAUGAUUCGGAUAGGGAAGCAUUAUAUCCGCAUUGCCCGUCCACAGAUUUCCGCAUGUCUUCUGGCAGCGAUGUCACAUGAUGAAGUUCGGUCCGUAGCAUUUUCCUGCUGGGCAGCGAUGCUCCUCCACCUAGAAGAGGAUGUCGAAGUUCUCGUUGAGACGACCUUUUUCCUUAUCAGCCAUUAUUGGUCUUCCUUUGACGAAGCUACGCAGCGACAAUCUCGGAACUUGAUCGAAUCUUUGCUCGAAAGAGAGUUACCAAUUCUUGAGGCGGCUAUAGGCAAGCUACCGUCGUUCAGUCAUAUCAAUCAACUGUCCGAUAUCGAAGCCAGACUUAGCCAGCUUCGCCGGCCUGUGGACAGCAGGACCGCAUUUCUGCUGCUUGCCGAAAGAAUACGACAUGAGAAUGCUGGUGUUGUUCUCCUCGCGCUGAGAGAACUUUCGUCAUACUUGCAGAGGCAGCAAGGUUACUUGCAGGCGUCUGCCAUAAGUGAACAGCCUGAUCCGGUGGUGUCUACUUUGGCUCGCUCACUCCUCGAUUGCUCUUCGAAGUACAAUAGUGCCCAUGGCGAAAUCAGCGAUCUCUGCACCCAAUGCAUAGGUCUAAUAGGGUGUCUGGACCCCAAUCGUGUGGAGACUGUCCGCCCCGAGAGGCAGAUCGUUAUCAAGAGUAAUUUCGAAGAUGCUGGAGAGACGACCGACUUCGUUAUCUACCUGCUCGAGGAGGUACUGGUCAAAUCGUUUCUCUCGGCUACCGACACCAAUCUGCAGGGCUUCCUCUCAUACGCGAUCCAAGAACUCCUGGACAGAAGCGAUAUCAGAACCGCCGUCGAAAUGCAAGGCUCGAGGGAUGCUGCCCCCCUUUAUCGUAAAUAUUUAUCCAUGUCAGAAACUACACGAGAGGUCUUGAUACCCUUUAUGACUUCCAGAUACGUCCUCCCACCGCUAGGUCCGCAGCAGACAGAGUAUCCUGUUUUCCGACCGGGGAAGGUGUACGCAAAUUGGAUACGGAGCUUUAUUCUUGACCUCAUGCAUAGACCGCAGGCUCCAUUUGCUCAGCUCAUAUUCGAGCCUCUAUAUCGAGUCAUUCGCGUCAAAGAUCUCUCGACCGCGGAAUUCCUGUUUCCAUAUGUAGUCCUCCACAUUAUUGUGGGCGAGGACACGGCGCCGGAGGAGCGUUCGAACGUACUCCGCGAACUCCUCAACGUUCUUCAGCACGAGCUCCCAGAUGACGCAAGCUAUGCGGAGAAGGAGGAUAAGAAAUUAUACUGCGAGGCCGUGUUUCGAUUUGUUGACUACGCUAUGCGGUGGCUGCAGUUAAAGAGGACCCAGUCAAACCUCAACCCUAGAGAUACGGUUGCGAUGGACAAGGUGCAAGAGAUACUCGAUGCUAUCCCUGCUGAAUUAAUAUCGCAGCGGGCGGUAGAUUGCAAAGUCUACGCCCGGGCCUUAUUUCACCUCGAACAGCACAUCCGUCAGGUGGAUGAGGAAAAAAAGGGCACAGAGGAGAGGGAGCGCCUCCUUCAGAGGCUCCAGGACAUAUACACGCAGAUCGACGAGCCCGAUGGCCUCGAAGGCAUAUCCGCACAUCUGCAUGUACUCGACAUCAAUCAGCAGAUCCUGAGCCAUCGAAAGGCCGGACGAUGGGCGGCAGCGCAGACCUGGUACGAAAUCAAGUUGGCCGAAAAUCCCGACAACGUCGAUGUGCAGAUUGAUCUCCUGACUUGUCUCAAAGAGUCGGGGCAGUAUGAUGUUCUCCUUAACUAUGUCGAAGGUAUCGAGAAGCACACUGCUCUGACGACAAUAAAUCGGAUCGCGCCGUUCGCCGUGGAGGCGUCUUGGGCAACGGGAAGAUGGCAGACGAUGGAGAAAUUUAUCAAGAAAUACCAAGGCGAUCACACGGAGAACUUCAACGUAUCUGUCGCCCAGGCGCUUCUCUACCUACAAAAAAGAUGGACAAAGGAAUUUGCCAGCGAGAUGAGAACACUCAGGGAUAGGGUCAACUCGUCGAUGAACUUCUCGGUCACCUCGUCGCUACGGGCCUGCCACGAAUCGAUGCUAAAAUGCCACGUCCUAACCGAUCUAGAACUGAUCGCCGGAAUUAACAAUGACGGGAGUCAACAUCCCCAGGAAAUCCUCAAGACUCUUGACCGACGCCUCGAGGUUAUCGGUUCCUACGUCAACGACAAACAAUAUGUAUUGAGCAUUCGGCGGGCGGCUAUGAUGCUGAUGAAACCAAAGUUCAGUGAUCUCGAUAUCUCGACCCUUUGGUUAUCAAGCGCUCGACUCGCGAGGAAGGCCAAUUCUAUGCACCAAUCAUUCAAUGCAGUACUCCAGGCCUCACAGCUCGGUGACGACUCCGCAACCAUCGAAAACGCCCGGCUAUUGUGGAAAGAAGGUCAUAAUAGAAAGGCAAUACAGACGCUGCAAGGCGCCAUUGCCAACAAGAACUUCACCAACCGGAGCUUCGUCGACAACGAAUCUUCGGAAAAGAGCCUCGAGUCGCAACAUAAUAUGCUGACCGCCCGUGCUCAGCUACUUCUCGCCAAGUGGCUUGACAGCGCAGGUCAGACGCACGCUACCGCUUUGCGAGAGCAUUAUCAGAAUGUCCCGAAGAACUUCGGGACAUGGGAGAAAGGCCAUUACUACCUUGGCCGGCAUUAUAAGAAGGUACUGGAAUCCGAGAAGGCGCUCAAGCCGGACGAUCAGAGUGACGAAUACUUGACGGGGGAGACAGCGAAGCUAGUCAUUGAGAACUAUAUCAGGUCUUUGAAUUAUGGAACCAAAUACCUAUACCAGACUCUGCCCAGGGUCCUGACCCUCUGGCUCGAGUUGGGCGCACAGGUCAACAAGGCCCCGGAGGGCAAGCUCUCAGUUUCUGACGAACUCCGUCAUCACCGCCGGACGCAGCUUGGGUCGCUUCACAACUACCUUCUCAAAUCCAUCAACCGGCUACCUGCCUAUAUCUUCUAUACGACCUUGCCUCAGCUCGUAGCUCGCAUUGCCCAUCCCAACGGGGAGGUCUUUGCGUUGCUCCAGGAAAUCAUAUGUCGAGUUAUCGAGACCUACCCGAGGCAGGCGAUGUGGAGUCUCUUCGCCAUCACAACUUCGCGACAGGCCACCUCGGAGCGGAAGGCUCGGGGCCAGCAAAUCCUCCAGAACCUGAGAAAUAGGAGCAAGAAGGCGGAGAAAGGGUCAUACGACAUGAAGUCGCUAUUGCGCAUGGGUGAGAAGUUAGCGGAUCAACUACUCAUGGCCUGCAACACGGGGAAUUUCCAGAGUAACAGGACCACGGUGGCAAGCAUCACUCGCGAUCUGAACUUCAAUCACAAAUGCACCCCUUGCCCCCUCGUCGUUCCAGUGGAGGCAUGUCUAACCGCGACAUUGCCCACUAUGACGGACAACGUCAGGAAGCACAAAGCUUUCUCGCGAGAUGCCGUCCUCAUCCAGUCAUUCCUCGACGAGGUGUUGGUGCUGGGCUCCCUAGCCAAGCCCCGGAAACUCACGGCCCGCGGAUCGAACGGGGUGAACUACGGGCUCCUGAUCAAGCCGAAGGACGACCUCCGGACCGACCAACGCCUCAUGGAAUUCAACAGCAUGAUAAAUCGGUCCCUGAAACGAGAUGCCGAAUCCAGCAGGAGACAGCUAUACAUCAAAACGUACGCGGUGACGCCGCUCAACGAGGAGUGCGGUAUCAUUGAGUGGGUUGACGGGCUCAAGACUCUCCGAGACAUCCUGCUUGCCGUCUACCGAUCUCGCGGGAUCGUACCCAGCUAUCAACAUCUCGCGCAGAUGAUGAAGGAUGCGGCAUUGGGAGGAGAUAACACUAAGAUCUUCACGGAGGGGGUGUUGGGAAUUUUCCCGCCGGUGCUCCCCAAUUGGUUCAUUGCGCAAUUCCCGAGCCCGUCGGCAUGGUUCGCGGCCCGACUUCGAUACACGCGGUCCUGCGCCGUCAUGUCGAUGGUGGGCACGAUCCUGGGACUCGGCGACCGGCACGGGGAGAACGUGCUGCUGGAGGAGGGCAACGGCGGUGUGUUCCACGUGGACUUCAACUGCCUCUUCGACAAGGGCCUCACCUUCGCACAGCCGGAGCGGGUGCCGUUCCGACUCACGCACAACAUGGUGGCAGCGAUGGGAAUAUACGGGUACGAGGGGCCGUUUAGGCAGUGCUCGGAGCUGACGCUGGGGAUCCUACGGCAGCAGGAAGAGACGCUGAUGACGAUCCUCGAGGCCUUCAUCUACGACCCGACGCUGGAUCUCCAGCGAGACAAGCGCAGGAAGAACGAGGUGGUUAGGCUCAACCCGGAGAGCGUGGUAGAGAGCAUCAAGAGAAAGGUCCGGGGUCUGCUACGGAACGAGAGCAUCCCGCUCGGCGUCGAGGGGCAAGUGGAGGAAUUAAUCAAGCAAGCGGUCGACCCAAAGAACUUGACCGCUAUGUACAUCGGCUGGUGCCCCUUCCUAUAGAAUUGGGCCCGGCCGAAGUAGGUAGAGGAAGUAGGAGGCCGGUAGGAGCCUGCCUGUCCCCUUUCCCCCUCCCUCUCCCUCGCUCUCUUUCUCGACCGUUCCGUGCCCUCCCGACCUCUCCGAGGGUGUUGUGCAUCUGUAUAGUCGCAUCACGCAGGGGACGGUUGGUUCGAGCCGGCAGGUAUUGCGAGGGAGGCUAGUGUCGGGCUCGUGGCCACAGAAAACACGGGCAUGAUGGCGUCUACAUAUGAGAUGGAGUACCGUGGGUAGAUUUCUCAAGUCGGAUAUCCUGUAGCUUAAGGUACCAGAGAGCAAUUGACAUGUGACGAAAACUACCAAAGAAAACAAAAGAGAGGCAAAGGUUGGGAAAUGUCGGAGUGGAAGGAAGAAGAAAGCUGCGACGGGAUCUACGAGGAGGGGGGGUAAGCUCAGGUAGCUAAAGGCGCCUAUACCUAUAACAUGUGAGUGGUGGCAGCCUGGAGCGACGUGGAUUGCUAGGCAGUUC